AAAGAGGUGCUUAGGAGGAUGCCUAGUAGCAGCUUGACCCAGCAGAACCACUCCUCCAACGAGACACUGCUGGACACCUCAGAGAGGUUCCACUCUGUUCUCAUAAUCCUGUACAGCAUUGACCUGGCUGGCGGCACCCUCGGGGUCAUCGUGAUGUCCCACCAGUUGUUUCGAAGGAAGUCACAAUCUGUGAUGACCAUUAUCAUCAUCAACCUCCUGGUGCUGCACACCUUCCUGCUACUCAGCAUCCCCUUUCGCCUCAGCUAUUACAUUUUACAGGAAUGGAAAUUUGGGACAUUCACCUGCAGGCUAGUGAGUGCCAUUAUAUACUUCCACAUGUACACCACCUUCACGUUUUACGUUGCUAUCAUCGUAAUACGUCUCUUCCGACUUGAGUUUAAGAAGUGCUACACUACAACGUGGGUGAUUGCUGUCUGGCUGCUGGGAGCACUCGUGAUUGCACCUGUUUUUCUCUCUUACUAUGGCACCUCUAAAACAUACCCGUCCUCCCAGUGCUUUCACUUCCAGCAGGAGAUACAAGAGAUACCCAUGGUGAUAGUAAACUACUGCUUGGUUGGAAUUUUGAUGGUUGUUUGUGCUGUGCUCACUGUCAUCCAGCUAUCUGUGAUCUACAGACUGGCUGUGAAAUACUGGCCUGACAUCAACUCCCAUGUGGAAUUCAGGGCUCAGGCAAAGAGUUUCUUCUUCAUCUUGGUAAUGUUAGUGUGCUUUAUGCCUCAUCAUGUAUUCAGAGUAUAUUACAUCCGAAAGUGCCACCUGGAUAAAGACCAUAAACUUCUCCCAUACAAUGAAAUUUUUUUAGCUUUAACAACAAUGUGUUGCUUGGACAUGUUGUGCUUCAUAGCAGGAAUAGCCCACUGAACUCUGAACUACAGGAAAUCCAGCCACUCUGUGUCAAUACUGGCUCUUGGCCGAAAUAAACUUGUGUCAGGACUUUGCUGUGCCAGGGAGACUGCUGAGUUUUCAGGAAGGCUAUAUAGGAUUGUCAUAGUCUUUGGCUUUUGCAGACUAGGAAGAUCCAUCUUUCCAAAACUACUGUUUUUUAUCUUCUCUCUUGAAGACAGACAUACGAGCCUUACUUUGGUCUUUGACCUAAAUGUCACGUCACGAAGCUUCAUUAAGAUUUUCCUCAGUCGUCCCGCUCCCUAACCAUUAGAGCACAAGUAUCCAUCCCUUCCUCUUUUUUCCGCAGACGGUCUCAAUAACUACAACCCACUGUGGCUAACAAGUUUUCACUGUGAAAGUCUAACAAUUUCUUCUGUCAGUUGUGAUACUGACGGGGAGGGGUAAGAAGGAAAUUCCUUUACAACCUUUUUGUACAAGUUAUUUUAGAUAACAAGGACAUAAACUACAUUAGAAAUGUAUUCAAGGCAUGAAACAGGGCAUGAGUGAAAUGUUUUAGUGGAAUAUUCUAGCAUAAGCUUCUUUUGUUCAUCUAUACAAAAUGUAUAUUAAAUUAAAUGAAAACAUUUAACAUUCUCGUAACUUCAACUUUACUUGAUUUAUUUCAAAAACACAAGCAGCUCCCUGAACUGAGGUAAUUACACCUUCAAAGUGAGUGAGAGCUGAGCAGGUCACAAAUUUCAAAACUUUUGUCUUAUAUCACUCUCCCACCGGGUCUGGAUCGGUGGCUGUUACCCCUUAAGUCCAUUGCAGCCAAAGAAAUCCAAGUUAUCGUUGUGCCCUGCCCAUAACUGGAGCUGGAAUUCAGGACUGAGGGGUCUGGUCCUUCAUGGAAGGAUCAGCUGCUCUCUAGGAGAGGGAAAUAUUUUAACAGCCUUCAAAAACCGUUUGAGCAGGAAAUGUCUUUGAUGUCUGGUCACUUUCAGUUGACUGUUGAUUUAUUAUCAGAUGCCAUAUUUUUUCCAUUUACAGAUGUAACAAAGCAAAACUAGAAUAAACUAACUGAAAUGUGUUUAAUCAGUUCAACAUAUGCUCGUGCAUGUGUAUAUAAACUUUUGCAUGAGUGUAUAUUUUUUCCAUUAGAUGGAUUAUAUUCUUUGUGAACUUGGAAAAUAGAAUGAAAUAACUGGGUCUUGCUCCCUCAGGAACCACAUCCGUUCUGGGAAUCUCCAUUUUCACUAUGUAAAAAUUAUUUUCACGCAUGCUGCUUGUUCUGCUCUGUAUAGAAGGUUUCCACCCUUCUGGCUAAGGCCUCACUGUAAUUCGCUGCAUCACAACAGCUUGAGGCCAGCUUUCUCCCAUUCCAAACUCCCAGGACUCACACAAGUGUAUACUUUCUCCUUCGUAACCCCAUGAGUUACCAAAAUUUGCAUAAUUUGUAGUCUGGCAAUCUUUGCUAUAGAAGUGCUAUGAUGCCCAGAUUCAGACAGGUCAAAAGGUGAUUUGGGAGGGUUGAAAAACUGCACCUAUCAAGGAAUGCUAGUGAUGCCUCAGAUUGAUGGCCUUUUUUUUGAACAAAAGAGCAUACACUGACUUUGCUAAUGCUGAACAAACAUUUUUGCCUUUAAUCAUUUCCAUAAAAACCUUUGUCCAAAAUUCCUAAUGGUUCCAGAAUUCUUUCUGCUGCUUUUAAAAAGUGAAAGUCCAGGGGACCACCAGCACUUCCUGAAGCCUUCCAAAUAUCCUGACCUUCCCCUGGUGUUACCAGGUCCGCUCCUGCUCUUACAAUACAGUCUUUUCAGUCCAUGAUUUUCAAAGACAGAAGUUACAGGUACAGUAAAAUACAAUAAAACACAGAUACAACGCAAAAGGCCAGAUUCUAAAAAAGGUAAAUAGUUCCCAAAACAGCAGCUUUUUGAUAUUCUUCUCCGGGCAGUAUGCUGCAUAUGUACCUGAUAAGAGAGCCAGGGACUCUCAAGGUGAAAAGCUUAAACAAAGCUUUGGCCCUUCAGAAGAAAUUGGAGGAAAACAAGGCAAGAGGCAGGGCCCGCAAAGAAGCUAUUUGUAUCUCUGCCACCAGAAAGAGUUUCUUUAAGUUGAAUCUACCAAAGUCUUUAGAAAAUCUGGCAAAGCCCUAAGUGAGGCAACAAUUACGUUGCUCCCACUUCUGAUUACUGACUCCUGUAGCUAAAUAAAAUAUAUU